UACCCUUAUGACUCUGUUCUUACCACUAGGCUUCCUGAAUGUAAACAGUAACGAUGUCUUGUCUUUGGAACUCAUCCAGUCUUUUUCUCGUCUUGCUUUUCUGUUUCUUUCGCUUUACACAAAGUGGUAAAGUCCUUGUUUUACCCGGGGAGUACAGCCAUUGGCAUAAUAUGCGUUUCAUUUUAGAAGAGCUGGUUGAAAGAAAUCACAGCGUCACAGUGUUGGUACACGCAGCAUCACCUUCUAUCAAGUACAACCAGACGGAGCGCUUCAAGUUCCUUGUUAUAGAUUCUCCCCUAGAAUCACAAAAAGUGCACGCUCUUUCUGAAGAAAUGAUUGAUCUUUGGAUAAACCAAUCACGCACAUCAUCUACUUUGGGAAUGGCGCUCAAGAUUAUGGAUUUAGCCUCAAGGAUUCAAGCAGUUCAGAAAGUCCUGUGUGAUUCCGUGUUCCGCAACGAAGAGUUGUUGGCGACGCUGAAAUCGUUCAAGUUCGAUGUGCUUCUGUUUGACCCCAUGAUUGUGUGUGGCGACUUACUUGCAGAAGUGCUUAAAGUUCCGUUUGUUAUUUCUCUGAGACUGUCCCUCGGUUACUCCAUGGAGCGACUCUGUGGUCAGAUGCCUGCACCGCCGUCGUAUAAGCCAGCUCCACCAUCAUAUGUCCUGGUGAUCACCACCCACGGGCAUCUCACAGAUUACAUGUACCUCGUAGAGCGAUUAGACAACCUGCUGCUGUACAUUGUUCACACAGCUAUAGUCAUACUGAGUGUGAUUAUGUUUAAUAAGAACUACAUAAUGGGCAAACCCACAACCCUGUGUGACACUAUGGGAAAGGCUGACAUCUGGUUGAUCAGAACCUAUUGGGAUUUUGAGUAUCCACGACCAUUCCUACCAAACUUCAAGUUUGUGGGCGGACUGCACUGCAAGCCUGCAAAGCCCCUCCCUAAAGAGAUGGAGGAGUUUGUGCAGAGCUCAGGAGAUGCUGGCAUUGUGGUCUUUUCACUGGGCUCCUUAAUAAAGAAUCUCUCCAAAGAGAGAGCCAACACCAUCGCUUCAGCACUCGGGCAGAUCCCUCAAAAGGUCUUGUGGAGCUACCUAGGAGAGAAGCCAGACACUCUUGCUCCUAAUACAAGAAUGUAUGACUGGAUUCCCCAGAAUGACUUACUAGGACAUCCUAAAACCAAGGCCUUCAUCACCCAUGGUGGGACUAAUGGGCUGUAUGAAGCUAUUUACCAUGGAGUCCCAAUGGUGGGUUUACCACUGUUUGCUGAUCAGCCAGAUAACAUGAACCACAUGAGAACAAAGGGAGCAGCUGUAAUGCUUGACAUCAAUAGAAUGGAGUCCAAAGACCUGAAGGAGGCUCUCAUUGAUGUUAUAAACAAUCCAUUGUACAAAGAGAACAUAAUGAGACUCUCCCGCAUCCACCAUGAUCAACCUAUGAAGCCUCUGGACCGCGCUGUCUUCUGGAUCGAGUUUGUGAUGCGGAACAAUGGGGCCAAGCACCUGAGAGUAGAAGCCCAUAACCUCACCUGGUACCAGUACCACUGCUUGGAUGUGGCUACCUUUUUACUCUCCAUAACUGCACUGGUCAUGUUCAUUUUUGUGAAAACAUGCAGUUGGAUCUUCCGUAAAUGUUUAAGAAGAACCACAACAAAGAACAAAAAAGAGUGAAUAAGUUAGUGCAUAUAAUUGUAUUAUUAAUUAUGGAAUCAUUGUACAUGAGUUUGGGAGCAUCAACAUUAUACUGUGCCACAGUAUCAGCUAUAAUCAUGAAGGUGUUUUACCUUUGCCCAGUUUAAUACUGAAUGAUGAACCAAGAGCAUUGCUACAGAAAAUGGUGCUGGUACUGUCCCUAAAUGUUAAGAAAA